GCGCACAAGCGCGACGCGCUCGCUGCUGGCCGGCCGCACACCACCACCACUCUGCGUCAAGCCGCCUGCCCCGAGAGAGAGACGACGGCGGUUAGGCCUAGCGCGCGUGAACAAUAAACACCUUCGGUGGACGUGCCCCGGAACGCGCGACCACAGACACCGCUCGGCAGCGCACGAAUCGCCGCAGACGGGGCAGCCGCUUCGCCGACGGGCCUUGGUGCGACGCCGACCGCUUCCCGUGCCGAGACAGCGCUGCGAACAAUGGUUCAUUGGGAGAACGUCCGCUUCCCCGUGCCGGUGGGUCGCGGGGACCUCCUGAGUGGCGGCGGAGCUCUGCAGCCGCAGCAGAUGGGCUCGGCCGCCAGCUUGGCAGACAAGACGCUGGGCAUGACCUCGGCCAUCAGCACUGCCCCGCCCAAGCCCAGUGACCUGCAGCGCACCCAGGAGCUCGAGGAGACCCUGCGCCAGUUCGGCCUGUUCGAGUCGGAGGAUGAGCUCGCACACAGGAUGGAUGUGCUGUCGAAGAUCAACCAGCUUGUCAAGAAGUGGAUCUAUGAAGUCAGUGUAAAAAAGAACAUGCCGCCUAGUGUGGCCGAGAACGUGGGAGGGAAGAUCUACACAUUUGGGUCGUACCGGCUUGGAGUCCACACGAAGGGGGCUGAUAUCGAUACCCUGUGUGUGGCACCACGGCACAUUGAGCGUAGUGACUUCUUCACCUCGUUUGUGGAGCUGCUCAGGCAACAGGAGGAGGUCAAGGACCUCAGGGCUGUGGAAGAGGCUUUUGUACCUGUCAUCAAAAUGACAUUUGAUGGAAUUGAGCUGGACAUGCUGUUUGCGCGGCUGGCCCUGAAGGACAUUCCAGAAGACCAGGAUCUGCGGGACGUCAACAUCCUCAAGAACUUGGACCAGAAGUGUGUGCGCAGCCUCAACGGCUGCCGUGUGACGGACGAGAUCCUGCACCUGGUGCCGAACCGGGAGACCUUUCGGCUGUCGCUGCGCGCCAUCAAGCUGUGGGCCAAGCGUCACGGCGUGUACUCCAACGUGCUGGGCUACCUGGGGGGCGUGUCGUGGGCCAUGCUGGUGGCGCGCACCUGCCAGCUGUACCCGAAUGCGGCCGCGGCCACCCUUGUGCACAAGUUCUUCCUGGUCUUCUCCCAGUGGCCCUGGCCCAAGCCCGUGCUGCUCAAGCAGCCCGAGGAGAGCCGGCUGGGCUUCCCCGUGUGGGACCCGCGGGUGAACGUCGCCGACCGCUUCCACCUGAUGCCCAUCAUCACGCCCGCCUACCCGCAGCAGAACUCCACCUUCAACGUGUCCGUCUCCACCCUGACCAUCAUGCGGCAGGAGUUCAAGCAAGGGCUGGCCAUCACGGACGACAUCAUGCUCCGCCGCAGUGAUUGGAUGAAGCUGUUCGAACCACCCAACUUCUUUGGCAAGUACAAGCACUUCAUCGUGCUGAUGGCCAGCACCCAGUCCAAGGAACACCACCUGGAGUGGUACGGCCUGGUCGAGUCCAAGAUCCGCAUCCUCAUCUCCAACCUGGAACGUCACCCAUACAUCGCCCUCGCACACGUUAACCCGGAGUCUUUCCCGCCUUGCGAACCAGAGGGGGACAAGCUACAGUCUAUGUGGUUCAUUGGCCUGCAGUUCAACAAGACGGAGCACGUCAACAUUGAUCUCACCUACGACACACGCUCAUUCGUCGACACUGUAAAGAGGCAAGCAACAGCAAUCAACAUUUUCAAACAGGACAUGGAAGUGGACAUCAAAUACGUCAGGCGGAGAGAGCUUGUGAAGUACCUACCUACCUCUGUGAUCAAUCGGUCCAAAAAGAAAGGAAACAAGACGAACGCGACGCCAAACUCCACACCUCAGCACAGCCCUGGCUCAACCUCGCAGACGGGAAAGAAGACUCUGUCCUCGAGCCGUUCAGACUCUGCCCUCCUUGGCCUGGUGGCUGAUGGGAUAGGUGGCACUGCCAAUGAUGUUGCGCUGAUCAGUGACGACUCCUGCUCUAGCCUCAGUGUGACUGCCAGCAGCAACCCAGCCUCCAUUGCUCAGCACAAGCGCAAACUUGACCCCGAGUCUGGCGUGGAUGUGGCAGUGUCAGGUGGGGGUGGUGGUGGCAGUGGCGCUGGAGUGACCGCAGGCAGCCACCCUUACCACAACCAGAAUGCCAACAGCUGCAGUGGGGGCUCUGGCGGGGAAGAGGCCAGUGAGGAGGACGGGGGCAGCAAGCGCUGCCGCUCGGACGAGGUCAACAGUGCUGCCUUCAUGGAUGCCAUCGGACUGGGCAAGAACGCUGGCUCAGACCUGCCCUUCCUCGAGCGCACCGCUGCCGACAGCCAGCUGCAGAUGGACGAUUCGCCGUCACCUCUGAACACCAGUGGUGGCACGAAGCGGCAGUGCGAAGAAGACUCUGAAGCUGAUGGUGAAGUGGUCAAGCGGUCCAAGCCUGACAGCAGUGAGACAAUGGAGGAAGACGACGACACCGUGUCCUCGUCGUCGCAACGCAACCAUGUGGUGCCCGAACGUGAGCCUCCCGCGAGUGAGGGGUCGGCGGCAAGUGGGCCCGAGUCUGUGAUUGCCUUGCAGCGUGACACUCUGAGGCCCUCCUCUGCCGUCACCUCGUCAACUGCCGUCGAAGAGAAGGCACGCAUCUCAGACGGCAUCGACAGCACUGCGAGGUCGCCGCUCCAUGCGACGGCACUCGAGACCUCGGUGUGAAGCAGCCUUUUAUUCCACUGCCGCAGGUAACAAAAGAGAGGGGAAAACACUCGGGACAAAGAGACGCAGAGUGAAAAAACAAAAAUCUUGAGCAGCAGGAGCAGAGGAUCCAGGAAAUCCAUCACCACUGCUUGGCUUUGACCAUGCUCUGUUCUUUGGCGUCCUCUGCAGUUUAGUGCGCAUGUCCCUAUUGCUUCCACCUUCAUCCGUGAACCCUCCUCCGUCCUGCAUCCGUCAUUGACACUUUCCUGUCCCCUCACCCCCCCCCCCUUCCCGUGCAUCUUUAACUCCCUCGUCCUCUCAUAAUUUUUUUUAAAGUAAUCGCUGUCAUUCGGAAGCCAAGCAGUUAUUGCAAAGGAUUGCUUUCAUCACCUCCUCCUUGCCGAUUCUGCUCUCUGAAGCGUCGCCGGAAUCAAUGUCAUCGUUCGAUGGGACUUGACGUGCGACUUAUGCACCAUUGGACGCAAGCACGACCAGUUCUGUUAUGUGAGGAGGGACCGGGGCUGUGUUUCUGGUCUUGAUUUUACCGCAAUUUCGGUGUUGACCACAAACGUACGGAAAGUGGUUGUCUGCUGGGCAGAGCACAGCGCUAAGUUGGUGUUAACAUUUAUUUUUUGACAGGCAGGGUCAGCCAUUUUGUUUUUAAUUAUCAUUACUACUGUUACCUUUGGCCACUUCACAGUGUGUUGCACUACUGCAGGGCUGAAUACCGCUCAGUUGCAGCUCAGUUUUAGUCUAAGCUUUAAUUACGCACUCGCAAGGCGUAGUCCUUUCUUCGGAGCUGCAGCAGUGGCACAGGCUCGUCGCAGACGAAGGUCCACACCCUUAGACGCUGCUCAUCUAAGCUCCUGAUGUAUGCAGCAGCCGGCUGAUGGUUGAAACCCACAGCCGAUCCAAGCCGGUCCGGUCCGCCACUGACUUACCACUGCUGGUGUUGCCCGUUGGCAACACACACACACCAUUAGACGGCCGGAACCGUAAAGCAAGCUGCCCUUCAGUCAGGCCUGCAUAUCAGACGUUGAGUGUAAACACAAUGUUCUUAUUUUGCAAUUUUUUACCUUCUUUCUUCUUUUUCCUCUCUCUCUCUCUCUCUCUGCUUUCAUCUGAGUGCCCUUUCUUUUUCAUCUUGCGUUAUGUGUUACCAAAGGACGCAGCUUGAUUUUUAUUUCAUUUAUCUUUUUCUUAAGAACCUCUAAUUUGAUUAAACCAUGUUUCAUUUUCA